CUGGUCCUCGAAUGUAGGUCAUGUAUAAGAUUAGGCUUCAGUAAUUAGAUGACUUGGAUCUAGAUCUGGGUCUGCAAUUAUAUUCUACUUAUUUUAAGCUAAGGAAUAAUUUAAUUUGAUCAAAUCAACACUACGAUUUUGUGAUCACUAUCCUAUUUUUAUUUAUUACGAAUUCACACUGAUUCCUCAUUAUUUUGUUGUUCUCCCCUCUGCCCAUAAAAGCCUUAUAAGGCUAGAUAGGCAGUGAAUCUCAUGAAGAAAGGAUUCAGAAAAACACUUGACGAAUUAAACUGAGACUGUGAGUAGUGUGAGUGCAAAGAUUCAGCAGUCAACGUCUUGAACCAUACAUUUCAAGGGUGACAGACACCUUGUCUUUGCGUCAUGUAAAGAUGUCAGUGGACUCCUCCAAUCUUACAGCAGAAUCCACAGACAAUGUCAAAUACGGAGAGUUGGUUGUUUUGGGAUACAAUGGACAUUUAGUAUGUGGUGACAAGGGGCGAAGGAGAAGCAAAUAUGUAUUGUGGAAAAGGGCUAAGGCAAAUGGAGUGAAGCCUUCCCAGAAGCACCUUGUGACUAAUCCACAGUCAUCCCAGGCUGUCCAAGACCAGUUUAAACAUUCUGUCUCAUACACUUUGUCUAGAAAUAAAGCCAUAAUUGUAGAGUAUCUUAAAGAUGAUGAUACUGACAUGUUUCAGAUUGGGAGAUCAAUGGAAGGUCCCAUAGACUUUGUUGUCAUGGACACUGUUCCUGGUCAUUUAAGGAAUCAGAGAGAUGCUGCACCACAGAGCACAAUAUCAAGAUUUGCAUGCCGAAUAGUGGUGGACAGGUCCCCACCUUACACUGCUAGAAUUUAUGCAGCUGGAUUUGACUCUGGGAGAAAUAUAUUUCUAGGGGAAAAGGCUGUGAAAUGGUGCUCUGAUGACAAUGUAGAUGGCCUGACAACUAAUGGAAUCUUUCUCAUGCAGCUUCAAGGAGACUUUUCUCCAUCUGGUAAACCUGGACCAUGGAGAGAAGUUUCUGUUGGUGGCAGUCUUUUCUCAUUGCGAGACUCAAGGCCAAGUCCAAUCAAAAGUCACCAGAUGAUGGAAGAAGAUAAUAUUUUGAGAGAUGGUACAUUAAUAGACUUAUGUGGAGCCACCAUUGUAUGGAGAUCAGCUCUUGGAUUAACUGCAUCGCCUAGUGAGAAUGAAUUUCAACAGCUUGUUGGACAGCUUAACGCUGGCCGCCCCCAGUGUCCUGUUGGUCUAAACACUCUGGUGCUUCCAACAAGGGGCUCCCUGAACUUGAAAGAUCGUCAGCCCUAUGUGUAUAUUCCAUGUGGACAUGUCCAUGGAAAUCAUGAAUGGGGUCAAGCAGAUACCACCAACAUUAGGAAGUGUCCGCUGUGCCUAAUGGAUGGACGGUUUAUCAAGCUACAAAUGGGAUGUGAGCUGAGUCUGUAUGUGGAUUCUGAACAGCCAACAUUUUGUUUUUCUCCUUGUGGUCACAUGGUUUCAGAGUGUACUGCAAAAUUUUGGUCCAGGAUAUCUGUUCCACAUGGUUCUCAUGGGUUUCAAACCAUCUGUCCUUUCUGUGCUACACCAUUGUUAGAGUCCAAUCCUUAUGUGAAACUAAUCUUUCAAGAUAACACAGACUUACCUGUCAUAUGAACGCAAGAGCUAGGACAUCCAAUCAAAAUUAGUAUUAAUAACAUCUUCACUGGAGGAGACAAAUGCAUCCCAUUUAUUUUUCUAUGGCUCUAUUGUGGAUCUAGUUGGUGGAUUUUUCAUACUCCCAAAUGAUCAACAAAAUGGACAACUGUGUUGUUGUUGUUUUUAUUAAUAACUUCCUGUUACCUUCAACUUGAGCAUACUACAUGAGUCAUAAUGUCAAUGUUUGUUUUGGUACAAGUAAAAUGGAUAUGUAUCAGAGUUAAAUUUACAAAAACAAAUUUCUUCACAUUGGGCUGUUGCCAAACUGGCUUUUGCACACACAAAAAUUAAAAAAUGCCCCUAUAUUGAAAAAGAUAAUGUUGGUAAUAUUUCCUGCCAUUUUAGAAGAAACUACAAAUUUUUUUUUUUUUUUGUUUGAGUUACAAGUUUCCAUAUUCCAUAACUUAUAAAAAUGUAAAUACUAAGCUUCACUUAUUACUAAUACAUUCAACUCAAUAAGUUGUCAAAUGAACAAAGCAGAAAUAAGAGGCAUUAUAAAUUUGCUUUUAGGCUACAAUAUUUUUAAACAUAUUUUAAUGGCAUUUUUUCUUUCCUUUUUGUGCAUUCCUAAAUAAUAAUUAUUUUGGAGUAUUUCUAAAAUAUCAAAGAUAUUAGCCAAAUGUGGAUUGGAAUAUUUUUAAAGCCAUAUAUGUAUUCAUUUACUUUUGACAAUAUUUUUCAUCAGAAAAAAAUAUUGAUUGGAAGAUUGUGUAAGCCAUAUUUGUAUUCUUCUUUUGCUUUUGCCAAUAUUUUGAACAAAGUCUGAUUGAUUCCAAAAUAGUAUUGAUGAUGAGAUAUGUUUGUAAUGUAUGUAUAUAGUUUUCCUAUCUGAAGAAGGUUUGGAAAUACAAUGUAACAUAUACUCUCUAAUCAUACAAUGUUAAUCAUUUGCUGACAGUGAUUGUUCUCAUAUCAAAAUUAUCUAUUUUUUCUUAACCCUUGAUCAGUUUCCCCCAUUAAUUCUAGCCAGAUAAAUAAUACAUAUAUUUAAAAGUUGUAAAAAAAAAAACAACUUUCAUUUUUAAAAAGGAAUCACUACUAAUAAAUUAUAGUUUAUAUUUAUAACAAAAGAAGAAAAAAAAAGUAUGGAAAACAUGUUUUAAUGUUUAUGCUACGAAGCAAAAUUAAAGACACUAUUCUGAAGAUCAAAUAUAGAACCUCCUUCUGUUGAACAAGAGUUUAUGUUAGGAGUUUAAAUGGUAGCCACUCUGCUGCUUAAAACUGAUGACGUGUGUAGGGACUAUAAAUGGGAAUCAAUAAAAGGUAUCAGCAGUAACUAUAGUUAUGAAAGGUGGCAGAGGAAUUGAAGGCCUAACAACUUUUAUCAAGUUCUAAGGUCAGUCAUUAAUUCUGGUGCCAAGAAACCUUGUCAAUGCUUCAUUACUUUUACCAAUUCCUUCACAAAUGAGUAGAGGUCUGUGACUAUUGGUAGAAACCACUGCCAUGUAAUAUAAAAUAACAUAAAUUAUUGGGUGAGUUGUUUUUAUUAAAUUAUGUCAGUUGUUAUUUACAUUUGUAUUACAAAAUAACAUAAAUUAUUGUAUUAUUUAAAUUAGUAAUGCAAAAUAACAUAAAUUAUUGGGUUAGUUAUUAUUCAAGUUUGUUUGUAACGGAGGCCCAAAGAAAAGCCUUGUAGAAGACAGGCAUAGAAGACAUAAUGACAACGGCUUUGUGUACAUCACUUGUUGAAAAAUGUGCACCUUGCAGUUAGUUUGUUAUUCAUCUGAAACACUGCGCUCAUCCUUAAUCUUUGGAAUGGAAGACAUGGCCAUUAAUUUUAUAUUACAAAAUUACAAUAAUGAAUGGGCUAGUUGAAUUAAGUCUGCACUGACUUCAGUUAAUGAGAGCCUUUGUAAAAGUGAGACCAACUGUUAUAAAAGGGCUGAACACUGACCUGCUAUGUCACAACCUGUGGGCAAUUUAGACUAAUAACUCAUGGCCACAUCGCAGGUUGUGUUCAGGCCUUCUAUAAUGAAUUGUCUCUUAAACUCACUCUGUUAAUGUAACUAUGUCAUAUGUACAUCCAACUUACUUAGGUCAGGGGCUGUGUGCCCUUUAUAAAACUAUGCAUCUUUAUGUCUCUGUUAUAAGCACUAAUAAUUGUUUUUUUUGUGUUGUUUUUUUUUGUGUGUGUAAAAUUCGAUAUGAAUAAAUUUGGUUGCUGUAUUUCCCUUUUUUCUUAUUUAUAAAUAUAUUCACUUUGUAGUUCUAUAUUAUUAUGACAAAAAAAGUUAGUAGUUAUAAGAAGACACAAAAAGAAAAGUGUUUUUUUUUGUUUUUCACUUGAUCUUUAAAAAAAAACACUCACACCAAAACACAAACUAAUUACUGGAGAAGCAAUUCUUCAUUGCUUUUUCAAAAAGUUUUGUUUUUGAAUGGGAUUUUUACCUUUGAUUUUGGUUUUUCAAUCUAAAUUUUCAGAUUUUAUAGAUUGACCUAGUUUGACAAAAAUAAAAUGUUAUGAAAUAUUUCCAUCCAUUAUUUACUCACAUUUUUUUAAAUACAUAUUUUGUUCAUUCUUCUGGAAUCAGUUGAUUUUGCUAAUGAAAUCCUUCUCCACUUCAACCAAUUUAAAUUUAUUUAUUUACAAAAUAUAUAACCAAAAAAAAAAGAAUUUUUUAUUAGUUUUAUUUUAUGUGUAAAUUUUUAUUAUCAGCAUUUUGUGCCUGCUCAGUUUGUCUUGGUUCAUAAAAUGCAAGUAGAUCUGACAGGUUCACUUCAGUACAAAUUCCAUAAUGAAUGGUAUCUUUAUUAGAGUUAAAAUUUGAUGAGAUAAAAGCCAGUUAUAAUGAUUUAAUCUAGUCAGCCAACUUAUUUGAAUGUAAUUUCAAAGCAUAAGAUGCAUUUGACCUCAACUAAUGUGAAAGACUUGAAGUUGAUAAAAAUAAAUUGUUUAUAUAUUAUGGGUUUUUCUAGUCCUGAACUUUUUUUUUUAAAAUAAAUUCACUAAAAUUUUUGUAUUUUUUCUCAGUAUAUAUCUUUGCUACUAAUUUAUGUUUUAUAAACAUAUUUACAAGAUUUGAUUUAAUCGAUAAUGUUUUGAUCUAUCUAUGAAAUCAACUAUUAUUGUGUAAUGGCUGAUGUUAAAAAACAUAUCAAACUAUGAAAACUGAUAUUAUGACAAUUCAAGAUAAUUAAUAAUAUACCAUAAUAAGAUAUUUUUAUCAAGGGCUUAAAAUUUUUUUUUAAAGGAAAGUGCCCCUUUCAUAGUGGAAGCACUAUUUCAUUUCCUAUGAACAUGAGGGUGGCUGUAAAGGCCAAUCUUUGCUUUACAAAUCAGAUGACACCAAUAUUAAACAGUUCAGACAGAAUGUUAACAAACUUUCACUGAGAAUUACUAACAUAUUUUAAAUGAGAGCAUAUGGGUAUUUAAAUUUUGUAUCAUGUUUAACAUAUUGCAGACCAGGCGUACUCAUUGAUGUAAACUGUUUUGUUUUAAGUAGGGGAUUUCAGUUGGCAAUAGCAUUGUCCCACUUACCCUCAGUACUCUUACUCUUAUCCAAUAAAUGCUUGCUAAAACAUGCACAGAAUAUUAUAAAGGCAAAUGGUUUAUGUGCCCUAGAUAGAUGAUUGUGCAUUGUAAAGAAGCUAUUGUCAUAGUUUUUAGCUUGAAGGUAAAUACAAAUCAGUCUUUCAUUCCCAUUAUGAGAUUAUUUUUUUUCUUACAUAAGCUUAUUGUUCAGAAAGAUCUAUUUCUAAAAAAAUCAAAGCAAGCUAGUAGCUAUAUUACAUUAUACUGUUGAAGGAAAUUUUUAUCAUUGUUCUUUAUAGGGAAAAUUUGAUGUCUCACAUUUUUACAGAAAUUUUGCUUCUUUAUAUCCAUACAUAUCCAUUUAGUUUAAGGCUUCAACAAGUAGUUUUAUCACCAAUAUUUAGAUAUCUACUCAUGCUAUGAACAUUGUGCUAUGGUAGCUUUCUGUAUUUUAACAAGGGUGUAGUGUUGGUAUUAUUUAAAAUAUUUGUACUAUUGUUUAAAUUUUAGUAUUUAAGCAACUAUUUUUGAUAAAAAGGUUAAAAAAAAAAUUGUUUUUGUCAUUGUUUGUAAUAUGGUGACCUAUAUUAUAUAUAUAUCUGUUUAUAAAGCAUAAUGAUCAAAGGUCAACACAAAUCAAUAAUUUAUGCAUGUAAAUGUAUUAUAUUUGACUUAAUUUGUUUACUUUCUUGUGAAUGUCUUUUCUUCUAGUGACACUAAGACCAACUUUCAUCCCUUCUAAUUCAGUAGAUGAAUUGUCAUUGUUUUCUUUGUCUUGUCUAAGUUUAAACAGCAUGCAAGUCUUCCUCUCAGCCAAGUCACCUAUUUGUUGGAAGUAAGCAAUUCAAGUACUGCUACAAGCAUGUGGCUUAAAGAGUCAAUAUUGAUGUCAGCAAAUGUUCUCCUAGUGGUUUUAUGUUAUUAUGUUUAAUUUUUAUUGUAGAAACUAUAUGUUUAUCGUUUUUAUGCCAUUAGCCUGCUUAUCUGUUUUUAUUAACACUGAUUAGAAGACGAAAUGUAGGUUUGUUGUAUUUUAAGACUCUUGAAUGAUGAUUACAAUACAUUCCAAUGUGAUUCACUUUGUGAAACAUUUUACUUAAUCACUUGAUUCUUCUGUUUCUGUCAUUAACAACAAGUUAGAAAGAGACCAGUAUUACUCAACCUAUUUUUCAUGUGUUCAAAUGGCAUGUUCAUUACCUACAAUUAAUAAGUUGAGACACCAUAAUGUUUUGUUCAAUUGCCUACUUAUUGUAGAAUUAGUUAGGACUAUUAACAUUCUUAGCUAUUUGACAUGUAUGUAGUAGACAAAUAUAUGAACAGGGCUAUUUCAUUUUAUUAGAAAACUGUGGCAUUGAUUUAUGUUGCUGUUUGAAAAUGGACAUUUUUGGUGCACAAUAAAAUCAAUAUUGAACUCUA